AAAGAUGUUCCGGGCCGUUAUUAAAAGUGGAAUUAAGGAGCAAAAGCUUGUACAAAGUAUUUUAUUGCCGAGAUGUAUAUCUACCUCUAUAAUACAUAAUAAGACUGUUCAAACUUCUGAAAAAGUUCAAAAACAAACUCAUAGUAAUGAAAGUGCUUCUUUUGUGAUGAAUAUAUUUCGUGGACAGUUAGAACCCAAACAAAUGUUCCCUUAUCCAAAUGUUUUAAAUGAAGAACAGAGAGACACACUUCAAAUGAUGAUUGAACCAACACUACAAUUUUUCGAGAAAGUUAACAAUCCUACCAAAAAUGAUGAACUCGAAAAAGUUGAAGAGAAUACUCUUAAAGGGCUGUGGGAGCUUGGUGCAUUUGCUUUACAAAUUCCCCAGGAAUUAGGAGGCUCAGAAUUGUCUAAUACACAAUAUGCAAGGCUUGUUGAAAUUGUAGGAGCAAAUGAUUUAGGCGUUGGUAUUACUUUGGGCGCCCACCAGUCCAUUGGUUUUAAAGGUAUUCUUCUUUUUGGAAAUGAGCAACAAAAGGCCAAGUAUUUAACCAUGUGUUCUAGUGGUAAAGUUGCUGCUUUUUGUUUAACUGAGCCAAGUUCAGGUUCAGAUGCUGCAUCUAUACAAUCAAGAGCAGAAUUAUCUCCAGAUGGAAAGCACUAUAUCCUUAAUGGUUCCAAAAUUUGGAUCAGUAAUGGAGGAACUGCUGAGGUUAUGACAGUAUUUGCUAGGACGAAGGUUACUAAUCCAAAAACAGGAAAAGUUGAUGAUAAAGUUAGUGCAUUUAUUGUUGAAAGAGCAUUUGGAGGAGUCACAAGUGGGCCACCAGAGAAAAAACUCGGAAUUAAGUGCUCAAAUACGACAGCUUUAUAUUUUGAAAACACGAAAAUUCCCGUCGAAAAUCUUUUGGGUGGUCUAGGAAAUGGUUUUAAGGUAGCAAUGAAUAUUUUAAACAACGGACGUUUUGGUAUGGCCGCCGCGCUUUCCGGUACAAUGAGGACAUGUAUAAAGAAAGCUGUUGAAUUUGCAACUCAACGAAAACAAUUCGGUCAAAAAUUAGAGAGUUAUGGAGGUAUACAGGAGAAGCUAGCUCGUAUGGCUAUGUAUCAUUACGUGACUGAGUCUAUGGCGUAUAUGAUAUCUGGAAAUAUGGAUAGUGGAUGCACAGAUUAUCAGUUAGAAGCUGCUAUAUCCAAGUGUUUUGCUUCUGAAGCCGCGUGGUAUGUCUGUGACGAAGCUAUACAAAUUUUAGGCGGUAUGGGCUUUAUGAAAGAGACUGGUUUGGAAAGGAUUUUAAGAGAUUUAAGAAUUUUCAGAAUAUUUGAAGGAACCAAUGACAUUUUACGUUUGUUUGUAGCCCUAACCGGAAUUCAAUACUCAGGAGCGCAUUUAAGAGAGUUACAAAGUGCCUUCAAGAAUCCAACAGCAAAUUUAGGUCUUAUAUUUGAAGAAGCGUCCAAAAGGGUGGGUAGAAAAGUAGGUUUAAGUUCGCCUCCUUCCAUGGAUCAUUUGGUUCACAGAGAGUUAAUUCCGUCAGCACAAGUAGUUGGAAAAUCUGUUGAUUCCUUUGGGCAAGCAGUUGAAAUGUUGUUGAUAAAAUAUGGAAAAAAUAUUGUUAAUGAACAGUGCCUGUUGAAUCGUCUAGCAAACGCAGCCUUUGACAUUUAUAGUAGCACUGUAGUACUUUCAAGAGCUAGUCAAUCCCUUAAAGAAAAUUCACCGACAGCCAACCACGAAAAAUUAAUGACGGAAGCAUGGAUUCUUGAAGCAACAGACAGGGUAAAAGCCAACUUGGAUGUUGUAGCAUCAGGCAAGCAUCUAGACAAUUUUUCAAAAAUGAGUGCCAUUGCCAGAACAGUGUGUCAAGCAGAAGGUGUUGCACAAACUAAUCCAUUGAAGCUCUGAUAUUUUUAACGAGACUGGAAGAUUGGAAGGGAGGAGUUUGGAAUCGAACUCUUGUAUUCUAUUGUUUGAUGUCCCUAGUGACAUCUUCUGUUGGUUAGAGAAGAUUUCUUUCAUUUGCUUUGAAAGUAUGCAAUUUUUAUUUAUUCUCGAUAAUUUGAUGAAAUAUUGUCAAUUGUCUGUAAUUUUUAUGGUGUUAUACAUGCCAAUAUUUUAUAUUUAAAUAAUUUACGUUACCUUCACAAUAAAUAAUAGCUUUAAAUUACAAUACUAACGAGUUCAUCCUAUGAAUAUAACAUCUAUUUUAGUAUAAAAUAAACCUAUAUUUUACUUAGUGUGUAAAUAAUUUUUGUGUAUUAUUUAAAAUAUAAAUAUAUUUUGUUUAUAUAG